AUGGAUGGGGUAGUAAUCGGGAGUAGCGCCACGCAUCUUCAUUCCAAAUCGGUGAGCUCCAGCUCGGGAUUCCUCCGCCUAAAGCAGCAGUUAGGUCUUGCCGAUUCGCCGCUCGCGGAGAACACCGACGGCUACGCAUUUCUCGUCCGGAGGUGCUCGCAGGCGGGAUCGCUCUCUCUCGGCCGCCAGAUUCACGCGGAGUUCCUGGCCAGCGCGCUGCUGGAUCGAUCCCACACCUUCGUCAACAAUCUCCUGGUUCACAUGUAUGGGAGAUUUGGGAGCGUGGAAGAGGCCUGGAUCGUCUUCAACGGGAUUCCUCGCCGGAACGAGUUCUCGUGGAACAUCAUGAUGGCAGCGCUUCUCCACAACAGGGAUCCCUCACAGGUCUUGGAUCUCUACGAGAGAAUGGGCGUGGAAGGCGUAGAGAUGGACAGCUUUGCAUUCUCCACAGCUCUAAGCGCGUGCUCGAGCCUGGGAGAUCUGGAUCAAGGCAGGAAGAUCCACGAACAGAUCAAACUCUCGGGUCGCAAGCUCAACACCAUCGUCACCACGGCACUCUUUGACAUGUAUGCCAAGUGUGGCAGCCUGGAAGAAGCUAGCAGCGUUUUCUCCGCGAUGAGAAGGAAGGACCGAGUGGCUUGGAACGCCAUGCUUGCUGCGUAUGCCGAGAACGGGCAUGGCAAGGACACACUAGAGCUCUACUGGAGGAUGGACUGCGAAGUGGGAAAAUCUGUCCACCAACGAGCUGCUGGCUACGACUUUGACGUGAUUUUCAGCACUGCGCUGUUCAACAUGUACUCCAGGUGUGGGAGCUUGGAGGACGUGAAGCUGAUCUUUGAGACGCUGUCUAGAGGAGACGUUGUUUCAUGGAGCGCCGUGAUCUUGGCGUAUGCCCGGACCGGGCAUGGUCGGAAGGCACUGGAGCUGUUUCGCGACAUGAAUCUGGAAGGUGUGUGUCCUAACGAUGUGACUCUCACCAGCAUUUUGCAUGCUUGCUCUCACACCGGUUUGCUGCAUGAUGCCAGGAGUUACUUUCUCACCAUGAGCGACGACCACGGUAUCAAGCAGACUCUAGAGCUCUGGGUUUGCAUGGUGGAUUCGUUGGGACGAGCAGGAAGGCUGAAAGACGCGGAAGAACUUGUAAGGACCAUGCCGCUCUAUCCGGAUUUCAUCGCCUGGAUGACACUGCUGGGAGCUUGCAAGCUUCACAGGAACUUGGAACAGGGGCCUCGGGUCGCAGAGGAGGCACUGGAAAUGCUACCGGAGAGUGCUUCUCCUUACGUGGUCCUCUUGAGCAUGUACGCUCUCGCUGGCAAACACGACGAAGCCAAACGAGUGAGAAGAGCCAUGGAAGAGCGGGGGAUGAAAGAAACAUCCGGUCGAAGCUACAUCGAAGUCAGAAACAAAGUUCACGAGUUCGUGGAAGGAGAAGCUUCUUUACAUCCAGAGACUCAGGCCAUCAGAAAUCUUCUUCAGGAGUUACAUGAAGUUAAUGCUGCGGAGGAAAGUGAUCCAUCGUCCGACCACUCCGAGAGGCUGGCGAUUGGCUUCGGACUGCUGAGUACCAAACAGGGAACGCCACUGCGAGUCGUGAGCAACCUCAGUGUGUGUCCUGACUGCCACACCGCGGCGAAGAACAUCUCCAAGCUCACGAAAAGAGAGAUCACUGUCCGAGACUUCAGCCGCUACCAUGUCUUCCGCGAUGGAUCCUGUACGUGCAACGAUUGCUGGUGACCACCUCCAUUUUCCUCCCUCAGAAUCACAGGACUUCGUGCAAAGCAGAACCAGCUCGUUUCUUUCUAUACUUCUUUCUCUUCGUAAGGAUAAGUAUUGUGUUUCUUCUUGAUUAGUUCUAACUCUUGAACUUCCAGGAGCUUUGCUUCUUUUCUCAAGCGUGAGGUUUGCCAGCCUUUGUUUUUUCUGCCACUUCUUUAAGGUUUGCAAAGCUCUAAGUCGUAACUCUUGGUUUUCCAGGAAGCUCUCCUAGUUCGUGCAAAGAGGAACCAGCUCUCUUUUCAUUUCUUCUUCGUCGUGAGGAUUCGAACUGCCCGAGUUAGGGUUGACGCAAAAAAGAGCCCUGUCUUUUGGGGUGACGUGU